AUGAAUACUACGGAGAAACUGGAAGAGGGGUACUCUACCCAAAGACCACCCAUGUUUAGUGGAAAGUACUACUCCUACUGGAGGAAUAGGAUGGAAAUUUUCAUCAAGGCUGAAAACUACCAAGUUUGGAGAGUCAUUGAAGUAGGAGACUUCCAAGUCACCAAAUUGACCACCUCUGGAGAAACUGUUCCUAAACCUAUAACAGAAUUUGACAAAGCAGACUACGAGAAACUUGAGCUUAAUGCCAUGGCUGUAAAGAUCCUUCACUGUGGGCUUGGUCCAAACGAGCAUAAUCGAGUAAUGGGUUGCAAAAAUGCAAAACAAAUUUGGGAUCUGCUCCAAGUUACCCAUGAAGGAACAAACGAAGUCAAAAGAUCAAAAAUUGAUCUCCUGAUGCACCAAUAUGAAUUGUUCUCAAUGAAGACUUCUGAAUCAAUUCAGGACAUGAUAACUCGAUUCACAAAUAUCAUCAAUGAACUGAAUUCUCUAGGAAAAAUCAUAACUCCUGAGGAACAAGUAAGAAAGGUACUAAGAAGUCUUCCUCAAGAUCCUUGGAUGGCCAAGGUUACUGCCCUACAGGAAACUAAGGACUUUACAAAGUUCAACCUGGAACAACUGGCUGGAUCUCUCUUAACCCAUGAGCUACAACUGAAUGCUAGAACCUCUGAGAACCCAAGGAACAAAGCACUGGCUCUAAAAACUGAAAAUGAUGAAAACUCAGAGGAAGAUGAGGAAACUGCUUUAUUUGCCAGAAGGUUCAAAAGGAUGUUUAGGAACUACAAAGAGGGAGAUCAUCGAGGCAAACCAAAUAGAAAAUUCUCCAAAACUGAUAGUGGAUGUCACAAGUGUGGGAACUUGGAACACCGUAUUAGGGAAUGCCCACUAUGGGAACAGGAAAAAGGAAAAGGAAAAGAAACUCCCAAAGAAAGAUUCCGAGACAACAGAAACUCCUUUUCAAAGACUGACGUGAGGAAAGCUAUGAUUGCUGCAUGGGGUGACUCCUCCUCAGAUGAAGAACAGGAACAACCAAAUGAGGAAAUUGCUCACCUGUGUCUUGUAGCUGAUCAUGAAGAAGAUGGUUCAGAUUCUGAGUCAGACAAAUUCCAGGCAAGUCUUUUUCAAAUUAAAAGCAAACUUGAUUCUAUGUCUAAAUUAGAACUAUUUGACUUACUUUCUUGUCUCACUUGCGAUUAUGAGGAUCUCUUAAAAGAAAAACUAGAUUCUGAAAAAGAACAUAAGUCUACCAUUAAGAAACUCACUGGAGAAUUAGAAUGGACAAAAAUCACCAACAUAGAUAUUGACAACCGUUUCUUCAGCCUGUUUGAUCAGAAUCUUCAAAUAAAAGAAACCUAUGAGGCUUUGCGAAACGAGAAUUCCUGGCUAAAACAAGAACUGAUUGAUCUAGAAAUUUCUAAGACUAAAACUCUCUAUAAAAAGGAGCUAGAAAAAACUCAACUAGAUCUAGUCAAGGUCCACCAAGAAAAAACCUACCUAGAGGGAGAAUUAGCUAAAAAGACCAGACACAGAAUAGAAGGAACACCAAAAUGGAUAGAGGAAGCCAGAACCAAACGCACCGAAGGUUUGGGUUUCAACCACAAAAAACAUCACCAUAGAAAAACCAGAGUAGAUCUUUACAGUGAUAUUGUUUGCACCUUUUGUGGUCUAAUUGGUCAUUAUAGAGUCUCAUGUCCUAAAAACCAAAGGGGCUUGGAAAAGAAUAUAAAUCUCGUCAAGACUAAAUGGGUAAAGAAAAGCGAUUUGAUUCCAAGCAAGGAACCCAAGCUAUGUUGGGUUCCUAAAAACUCUAACUAA